AACUCCGCACGCAUAUAGAUAGCAUGUGUCUGCAUCCUACCGACAGAAAACAGGUCGCGAAUCAACUCGCCGACAAUCACCAGUUUCGAGAUAUGCGUAAUAGCUGUUAGAAAAAUUUACGCGCAAUAAAAUUUAUCAACCCAGACUGCGCUUGCUGUUAAAUUCAAUAUGGGAGGCAAUCUUCGAAAAACCGGAACGGGAUGCGCAAGACAAGUGUAAACUCGGCCGUGUAUCGAUCAGCUAUAGCAAUACCAUAGCGUUUCUUCCAGACGACAGGACAACACUAUGUCUGUUUGUCUCGGCACCAAUCGCACGGGUACCAUCGAAUUUAGUAUCCUCGGCAAGGACAGGAUUGAGGAAGCCCUGGAUGUGCAGCGGCAAUCAAUGCGCCAGGAGUGCAUCGCGAUCGGUAUGGGUAUGUUCGAGGAUCCCGGUGCACCCGAAGAAAUGCAGUUGGUCUUCAGGGAAGUCAUUAAAGACGGAUGCACGGUGAUUGCGGUUGAUCGAUCGGACCGCGUUGUCGCUGUGGCAUUCAACAAGUUACACGACUCUCAUAAGCCAAAAGAAACGGAUUCCUUGGCACUUUUUAUAGAAAAUAACAUCAAACACCGCUCCUGCCGAGAUCUGAUUGAUUUCCUUGACGAAAUGGAAUCGAGAGUGGACAUUUUCCAAAAGUACAAUGCGCAAGCUGCCAUGGAGAUUUUCUACAUAGGCACGCAUCCGCGAUGUCAGAGUCGCGGAAUCGGCUUAGAAAUCACGGAAAAGAGCCUCGAAGUUGCACGUGAAUUACACGCAAGGAAGUUAAAGCAGAUUUGUAUCGCUGACGAAAUUGUCAACGAACAUGUGCGGCCAGAAGUGGCUUUCGCUGUCGCCGCGUCGGUUUAUAGUCAACGAAUCAUGGAAAAACUAGAUUUCGAGAUUCUUGCAGAGACGCGAUACGAAGACUAUAUACGCGGUGGCAAAAAAAUGUCGGAAAGGAUAAAUCAAAUGCAUAAGACGGUCAGAUUUGUCGCUCGCACGCUUUGGUGAUUUCUAUUUGGAUUUUACGUAGAUGAAACUGUUGAAUUUUAUAUCAAAAUUAAAAAUUAAGUUUCCAACAUUUGCUCUGAGGAAAAAACAGUAUUUCAAGUAAUAGUAUUAUGUGCCAUAAUAAUAAUUUACGGCAUAGUAAUAUAAUAUAUAAUACUAUCAUAGUAAAAAAGAAAAUUAAUAAUGUUAAAUUAUAAAAUAUUUAUAUUUAUGCAAAAGAAUAAAAAACUAAAACCACUAGUUGGUUUACACUGCCUUUUAAAUUGUUAAAAAAUGUUUAAAAUUAUAUUUUAUCGUUAUCAAUUGGUUCUAAUUAUAAUUUCGAGAAUAUCGUCUAUUCUUUGACAGAUUAACUGUGAAUUAUAAUACAGACAGAAAACAAUUUAUAAUGAACCAAAUUAUUUAUUAUUAGCUGACGCAAUAAAGAUAAUUGUAGCCGAGAAAUUUUUU